AUGUCAUCAAAAUUAUCACAAUGGAUGCAACAAGCAAUAGAUGGUCAUCAUGUAGAGUUCAUUCCAUACGAUUCAUUCACUGAUCGUAAAGAGAUAGCUCGAGGCGCAUAUGGUGAAGUUGCAAAAGCAUACUGGUCAACAGCUGAGAAAACAAUUGCGUUAAAAUCUUUAUUUGACAAUCCUGAAUCCGAAAAUGAUAAGGAUUUUGAUGCUUUUAUUAAAGAGUUUAAGUUGAUUCGAUCUGUACAUUAUCACGAUAAUGUUAUUCGAGUUUUUGGAAUUAGUCAAGACCCAACUACAUCAAGAUAUUUCAUGGUACUACAAUAUGCUGAUGGAGGAAGUCUAAGAGAUUAUCUUCAGAAAAAUUUUCAAAAUCUUGAUUGGAAAAAAAAGAUUUCCAUGGGAAAACAAAUUGCUAGCGGGCUAAAAUGUAUCCAUGAUCAAAAUAUUGUACACAGAGAUUUGUUAUAUGAGCUCGCAUGGAGUCAAAGGCCGGAGGAUAGACCAGAUAUUAAUACGGUUAGGACGAAAUUGGAGGAGAUGUUGGGUGAUGGUAGGCAGAAUGAUAAUUCUGUCGGAUCUAUUUCAAAUAGCAUGAAAAACACAUUGAGCCUUACGGCAUCACAAUCACCUUCUUUUAAUCAACAAAAUAAUAAUGCCAAUAAACGGCUUUCUCAUAAUCAAAUGCCGCAACCUUAUCAGCCAGGAGGAUUUAAUCCAAAUUUAGGGUUUAAUGAUGGAAAUCUUAUUCGAUCUAAUUCUGAUCCCAAUCUUCUGCAAAAUUAUGCACCACAGCAAAUUUAUCAACCAAUGGUGCCAUAUGCUAAUAAUAAUAAUAAUCACGUUAUACGAAGACCAUUGCCUCCUCAGCCUCCUCAAUAUGUUAGGAAUGACGCUAACAUGAACCAGGGAAUGAUACCGGUUCAACAACAAUUCACUAAUAAUGUCGCUAAUGCAAAUUAUCCUUCUGGAAUGAAUAAUCAUUUUCAACAACCUAUUUAUCCUACUGUGAAUGCUGGUCAAUCACAAACUUAUCAUAACGCUAACCAAAAUUUAGUAUCAACCAAUUUUAAUAAUAAUCAACAACAAUUCGCACCAGUUGCAUAUACGCCAACUAACAUGAAUACUCAGCCUAUGGUGAAUAUGCCCACAAUCAAUGCAUCGACUCAAGCUUACCAACAAUCGGUUCCUAAUACUGCGUACCCUAAUAAAAAUAUUACGAGUAAUCUUAAUCAACAAGUUUUGGGAAAUAAUUUUAACCAACAAUAUCCCGGAAGUAAUGUUAAUCAACAAGCUUUAGGAGCUAGCUUUAACCAACAAGUUCCAGGAAGUAAUCAACAGGUUCUAGGAAAUAAUCAACAAGUUCCAGGAAGUAAUCAACAAGUUCCAGUAAACAAUUAUAAUCAACAAGUUCUAGGAAGCAAUUUUAAUCAAAAAAUUCCGGUUAAUCAACAAGUUAUGGGGAAUAAUGCUAACCAAGUUCCAAGAAACCAACAAGCGCCGAUAAAUUAUCAUAUGGAUAAUAGGCAGUAUCAACAAGGCGUACAACAAUCUGGUUUACCAAAUAAAAUGCCAGCUGGAUGCAAUCAAAUCCUAGAAAAAUAUUCCAUCCAAUGCAAGCUCAAAAAGCCUACUGAAUGUCACGCAGGCUAUCACGCUGGAUUUGGUGACAUUGAAGGCUUAGAAUAUCACCUAUCGUGUGGUGAAAGUAUUACUAGUACAUAUGAAUUUAAAAAUACAACCGAUUUGUUGUACAUUAUAGUUGCUAAGUAUUGUGAUAAUAUUGUAAUGGUUGAAAAGAUUUUUAAAUUAUUGAAAUAUCAUAAUGGUCAAUCGAAUGAUUCUAGUAAACUGCCCAAUUUUUCAUGGGUUUCAGCAAAGUGUGAUAGGACAGCUUUGCAUUGGUUGUACGGAAAUAUAGAUUUAAUAAGUGAUAUAGAUAUUUCUAAAGAUAAUAAGAAACCAGAUGAUGUUUCGGAGGGUAAAAAGAAAUUGAAUGAAUUUCAUGAUCAUUUUGCAAAAGUGAUAGAAUUCCUAGUGAAAAAUGGAUGUGAUAUAAACGCGAAGGAUGAGAAUGGACGCACUGUUUUGGAACUUUAUUUGAGCAAGAGAAUGUUUCAAGCGGGGUUCACAAAAGUUAUUGAAGUGCUAUUGAAAAACGGUGCAGAUCCAAAUAUUAAUGUUACUAUUAGGACUACUAAUCUUAACAGGAGAUCGAGUUCGAAAAUAGAUAUACCCCAUAAGACAAGCAACCAUGGAAGUUCAAGUAAUCUUGGAGCAGCAGAAGGAUGUGUUAUUUUGCCAAAUAUGUUAUUCUUGGCAAUCUGGAACAGAUGGCCAAUUAAAGUUCUCAAUUUAUUAAAAGAAAAUGGUGUAGAUGUAGAUAAGGAAUAUGAGAAUCUAGGCGACUUAGGUAAUUUGUUGAAGAUGUGUUUACAAAAAUCAAAAAGUGGAAGACAGGUUAGCUAUACGGAUGGGUUGCAAUGGGUAUUGGAUAAUGUACCAAAAGUAUGCGGAAAGGAGAAUUUAGAAGCAGCAAAAAAGCUUACGGAGAAGAAUAAUUACGAACACACAGAAUCAACGUCAGAACUUGACCGUUUUCCACGAGAAGAAUUUUCUUUUUUACCACAAGUCGUGCAAAUCCUUGAUAAAGUUUCUUCUGGCAAGAAUGAAAUUGAAAUUAGAAAUAUGACAAAAAAGCUAAAAGAAAAGUUUCAGCGAUGCCAUCAAAUAUUACAAGAAUUACCUGGUGCUGACUUAUCACGGGAAGAACAAGAAGAAUUAUUGCGAACUGAGAAAGAAUUACUUGAACAAAAAAG